AUGGCUAGGAAAACAUCAGGAAAAGCUCAAGGAGGUAAUGCUGGAAAGCAGAAAGAAAAAGCUAAGGGUCCCAUGUCUGAUUCUCAAGCAUUAAAAACUCGAUCAAUGGAUGAGAUUCUAGGGAUUGAGGAGAUUGAUUUUGGUCUAGGAAUUGGCGAGGUUCAUACUCCGAAAUCUUCUAUUCAGUUAAUGAAGCAGAGAUUAGAAGUUCGGUACAAUUUCAAUGAAUGGUUGCAAUCAAUUCAUUCGAACGUGGAGAAGAGGGUGCGUCGAGAAGGUAUGUCCCCUAUUCCAAUUCUUCAGGAAUUCGAUGAUGAAUCUGAUGAAAUUGUGGGAGAUAAAAUGAAUGGUGAUAAAAGAGUUGUUGAUAAAAUGGUUAACGAUAAUGGAGGUAGUAAUGUUGAUGGCAGUCCUCAUAAUAGUAAUAGUAGAAUUGGAGAUAAAGGACUUGUGCAUACAGAGGAGGUGAAAAUUUCUUUUGAAGAUGUGGAAGAGGAGGUAAAUUUCUGGAACUCAUCCCUGAUUUGCUAUGUGGUGGGUUCAAAUCCUCCAACUCAUGUUAUGGAAGGAUUUGUGAGGAGAAUUUGGAAGAGUUAUAAUGUGGAUAAAGUGGUUGCUGUGAAGAAAGGGAUAUUCCUCGUGAGAUUUCGAGCUGUUGAUUCUAGAGAUAAGGUCCUUGAUGGGCAUUAUUUCUUUGAUAAGAAGCCAGUGGUGAUGAAACCAUGGUAUCCUGAUGUGGAUUUUGAAAAAGAAGAUAUCAAAACUUUGCCAGUGUGGAUUCAAUUGAAGCUGGAAUUGAAGUAUUGGGGGGAAAAAACGAUGCAUAGAAUUGUAGCUCAGUUGGGGGAUCCUAUUAAAAGAGAUGAAGCCACUAGGAAUAAGGACAAGGUGCAAUAUGCUAGAAUUCUAGUAGAAGUUCGAUUAGAGCAAGAAUUUCCAGAGCAGAUCUAUUUCAUUAAUGAAUAUGAUGAAAGAAUCACAGUGCCAGUGACAUAUGAAUGGAAACCUACCCUGUGCUCAGUAUGCAAAGGAUUAGGCCAUGAGGCAGCUGAAUGUAGGAGAAGGGUUAAGCAAGUAUGGCAGGCUAAACCUAAAAUACCAGAGGUAGUGCAGGUCCAUGAUAAGACUGAUAGACAGGAAAGUCCAGUGGAUCCUGAUGGAUUUCAGAGGGCUUUAAAGCCAAUCAGAGUCAGAUCAGUGAGUGUGCCAUCCACUCAUACAGGGAAUGCAUUUUCUUCAUUACAAGAAGAUCAAGAAGAAGCAGGAGGAAGGAAAGAUGCUAGUGAGAAGCAAGAGGCUGGAAUAAGGAUUAAUAAUAUCCAAAAACAGAAAGAUGUGAAGGCACUUAUUCACAGAUUUCCUAUUGGUAUUGUUAGUCUCUUGGAAACCAAAAUAAAGGCUAAGAACCUAGGUAAUUUGUAUCAAAGGGUGUUUAGGGGAUGGUGUUUUACAUCUAAUGCUGCUUAUUAUGAUGCUGGUAGAAUAAUACUAGCUUGGCAACCAGGAAGCUUUGAUGUAACCAUAUUGAAGGGCACUAGUCAGUUACUGCACUGCUAUGUUCAGCCUAAAAGUGGUUUACAAGGUUUCUAUUGUUCAUUUGUUUAUGCUUUUAAUGAACGGAGUAGAAGAGUUCAGCUAUGGGAGGAACUUAGAUGCAUUAAGACACAGGAGCCUUGGGUUUUGUGUGGAGAUUUUAACUGUGUCAUGAAUGUGGAUGAGAGGAUUGGUUCACUUGUGAGACAAAGUGAAAUGCAGGAUAUAAGGGAAUGUAUGAGAGAUUGUGAUGUGGAGGAUAUUAAAGCAACUAGGAAUUUUUACACAUGGAACAAUAAGCAGCAUGGGGUGGAAAGAGUAUAUUCUAAGCUGGAUAGAGUGCUUGCUAAUAGCAUGUGGCAAGAGAAGUAUGUAAAUGCUGAGGUGAGUUUCCAAAGUGAAGGAGAUUUUGACCAUUCUCCUGCUCUCAUUUCACUGCAUCAGAAUGGUAACAAGGGGAGGAAACCUUUCAGAUAUUAUACUAUGUGGAGAACUGCCACUCAAUAUAAAGAGUUGAUAAGAGGUGUCUGGAAUGAGAACAUCCAAGGAAGUAAGAUGUUCAGAGUACUAACAAAGUUGAAGAAAGUUAAAGUAGUAUUGAGAGAACUGAACAAGAAUGGAUUUCAUGACUUGCAAGCAGCUGAAAUACAAGCCUAUAGAAGAAUGAUUGAUCUGCAAGCACAAUUACACCAGAAUCAUGUUGAGAACAGAUUCACACAGUUAGCAGAAGAAGAGCUUCAAGCAGUGCAGGAUUAUAGGGAGAAACAUGGUGUGUAUAUGGAGUUCUUGAAGCAGAAAGCAAAAGUUGAAUGGCUAAAAGCUGGAGAUGAAAAUACAAGAUUGUUUCAUCAGUCUAUAAAAGCAAGAAGAGCCCAAAAUCAGAUAUAUAGCAUAUUUGAUGAGCAGGGUAUAUGGCAUGAAGAUGCUAACAAGGUGAUUGAAGCUUUUGUGGGAUACUAUCAGAAAUUAUUGGGAAGCACUGAUCAGCAGAGGACCAUAGACAGCUGGGAGAUUACAGGCAAUGAGGUAAUACUUGCUGUCUUAGAUGUUUACAGAGUGGAAAUGCUGAUGCAUUUAGGCUUUCCUAGAACCUUUACUAAAUUAGUUAUGAAUUGUGUAACUACUCCUAUGUAUUCUUUGAUGAUUAAUGGCAACAUGGAAGGAUAUUUCAAGGCUGCUAGAGGAUUGAGGCAAGGAGAUCCCAUGUCUCCUCUUUUGUUUGUAAUUUGUAUGGAGUAUCUAUCUAGGAUACUUCAUAAAAUGAGUGAGAUGACAGAUUUUAAAUUUCAUCCUAGAUGUAAAGAGAUGAAAUUAACUCACAUGUGUUUUGCUGAUGAUCUAAUCAUGUGUAGCAAGGGAGAAUUUAUCUCAGUGUAUAGGUUAUUGAGUGCCUUCAAAUUGUUCUCUUCCACUUCUGGAUUGAAGGCUAAUGUGAAGAAGUCUGCUUUCUACACAUGUUGUAUGAAAGAGGAGGAUAUACAGAGAAUCAUGCAAGCUUCUGGAUUUAUGAGAAGCUCACUGCCUUUUAAAUAUCUUGGUGUUCCCAUAUGCACCAAGAGGAUCUCAAAAGCUCAAUGUGAUAUCAUUGUGGAGAAAAUGACAGCAAGAAUUAGAGUGUGGAGUUCCAGGAAAUUAUCCUACACUGCUAGAGUUCAAUUAAUAAAUUCAGUAUUAAUGAGCUUACACCAGUACUGGGCACAAGUGUUUAUUUUGCCAAGAAGUGUGUUACAGGAAGUGACAAAGAUAUGCAGAGCAUUUUUAUGGACAGGUGAAGCCUACUCUAAUAAACCAGGAGCUGUUGGAUGGGAUUCAUUAUGCUGGAGUAAACAAUGUGGUGGCCUUGGAUUUAGGGAUGUAUUUCUAUGGAAUAUAGCUUGUCUGGGUAAGUAUGUUUGGGCCAUUGCUUCCAAACAAGAUAAUGUUUGGAUCAAAUGGAUACAUUCUGUGUAUGUAAAAGGUGAAAAUUGGUGGAGUUACAUCCCUAAAGGAGGUGUUAGUUGGUAUUGGAAAAGAAUUUGCAAGAUCAAAGAAGAGUUGAAGAGACAUUUUACUGAAGUUGAGAUGUCUUCAUGGCCUACAUAUUCCAUUCAGGAGGUUUAUGACAAAAUCAAAGGAGGUAAACAGAAGGUGAUGUGGGAUGAAAUGGUGUGGAACAGAUUGAGUGUUCCUAAGCACAGAUUUAUCAGUUGGAUGGCAGUUCAAUCUAAGCUCCAGACAACAGCAAAAUUGGCUCAAGUUGGAAUCAGCACAUCUGAUAGGUGUCUAAUAUGUCAUAAUGGAGCUGAGGACCAUGUCCAUUUAUUCUUCCAAUGUGAAUACAGUGAGAGAUGUCUAAAUGAUCUGAAGAGAUGGUUGGGGAUUACAUCUUCCAGCAAUACAUUACAAGAGAUUAUCAGAUGGAUAAAGAGGGCUAAGAAGUCCAAAUUUGUGAAACAAGUGUCCUAUGCAGGGCUUGCAGCAUUAAUAUAUUAUGUUUGGCAUGCUAGGAACUCUAGCUAUUGGAAUGCACUUAUUCCAAGUGUGGAAGCAACAGGGAAGCAGAUAAAAGCAACAGUCAAACUUAGAAUUGGAACAGUACUACCACAGAAGAUUAGUAGAAGGGACAUGAUAUGGUUCAAUAGUUUGUAA